CAGAUUUCUACGAUGAGCACACCAACGCCGCCUACCGCCGACGCAUGCGCGGCAUCUCCGUCGACGACUGGCGCGUCGAGCGGACCAUUACCAACUACGCUGCUGGUCAUUGGCAUGGCUGGAAGCGGGAAGACAACUUUCAUGCAUCGUCUUGCAGCCCAUGCUGCGGAAAAGCAAAAGGAAAGCCGACAAUACGUUGUGAAUUUGGAUCCGGCCGUCAAGACGAUUCCGUACGGCGCGCACAUUGACAUUCGCGACACGGUGGACUAUAAGCAAGUGAUGUCGGAGUAUGGACUGGGUCCCAACGGCGCAAUUAUGACGUCGCUUAACUUGUUUGCUACGCGAUUCGACCAAGUUGUGGAACUGAUUCAAAAGCGCGCGCCAAACUUGGAUCAUGUUAUCGUGGACACACCAGGACAAAUCGAAGCAUUUACAUGGUCUGCGUCUGGGGCCAUCAUCACAGAGUCACUUGCCACUACGUUCCCCACUGUUGUGGUGUACGUCGUCGACACGCCGCGCACGGUCAACCCGAACACAUUCAUGUCCAACAUGCUGUACGCGUGUAGCAUUCUGUACAAGGUGAAACUUCCAUUCAUUGUCGUGUUCAACAAGACGGACGUGGUGACGCACGACUUUGCGGUUGAAUGGAUGACCGACUUUGAGGCUUUUCAAGCUGCACUGGACUCGUCCCAAGAAGACACUUACAUGAACACGCUGUCGAGAUCAUUGAGUCUCGUGCUCGAAGAGUUUUACCACAACCUGCGCCACGUGGGGGUGUCGGCCGCGACCGGUGCUGGGAUCGAUGAGUUUUACAAGGUUGUGGAAGCCGCGACGGCCGAGUACUACGACGAGUACUUGCCCGAUCUGCAAUUUCGAAUCGAGCAGCAGAAACAAAAGAAGGACAAGCACCAAGUCGCCAACAUGUCCAAGGUCAUGCACGACAUGCACUUGUCGGACGUGGCUCCACAAACGACGGACGCGACGCCCCCUCCUGCGCCGUCGACAGCGCCACCGACACACAUACACGGCGAACGAACCGAGUUGUGAGAAGUCUUGAAACAAGAAAGAUGAACCACCCACUGUCUCUUGAUUUGCUCGAU